AUGAAGUCUCUCAUUACUGUGGCAACAUACCUCCUCCCUUUCGUACUGGCUGCACCAGCUGAAAAGGAUAAGCGAGAUCUGAUCCCAAUAGUCGAACUUGCAAAUGCCAAGGUCAUCGGAUCCAGCUUCCUCGGAGUCGACUCCUUCAAAGGCAUCCCCUUCGCUCAACCACCGGUGGGCAACCUCCGUCUCAAGCCUCCGCAGCCCAUCACCUCCAACCUGGGUACCGUGUUCGCGAGGGGACUUCCUCGAGCAUGCCCCCAAUUCUUAACUUCGACCAACACAGAUUUUCUUCCACAGGAUGUCAUUACCGAUAUUGUCAACACCGGCAUUUUCCAGGCCAUCUCGAAUGCCGGUGAGGACUGCUUGACGGUGUCCGUGCAGAGACCAUCGUCUGCCAAAGCGGGAGACAAACUGCCUGUGCUGUUCUGGAUUUUCGGCGGAGCGUUUGCACUAGGAUCUAGCCAAAUCUACGAUGGCAGCGACCUUGUCCGCACCUCUGUUGCCCAAAAGAAAGAUAUCAUCUACGUCGGCGUCAACUACCGAGUCGGGGGCUUCGGAUUUCUGGGUGGUUCCGAAAUCAAGAAAGAUGGUGCAUCUAAUCUUGGAUACCUGGACCAACGAGCUGGAUUACAAUGGGUAGCCGACAACAUUGCUGCCUUCGGAGGAGACCCCGACAAGGUGACGUUAUGGGGAGAGUCCGCCGGUAGCAUCUCCGUCUUUGGACAAAUGUCCAUCUACAACGGCGACCACACCUACAAGGGGAAGCCCCUCUUCAGAGGCAGCAUCAUGAGCAGCGGUGGCUUGGUCCCUGCCGACCCCGUGGACGGGUUUCAGGCUCAAGAAAUCUACGAUGCCGUUGUCGAGUCCGCCGGCUGCUCCGGCAAACCGGACACGCUCGCCUGUCUCCGCAGCCUCCCCUACGAGAAGUUCCUCCGAGCGACUUCGUCGGUCCCAGGGAUCUUCGACUACCAAUCCAUAUCCCUCUCAUACGUCCCCCGCCCGGACGGCACCGUCCUGACCGAGUCCCCCGAGAUCCUCGCCACGAAAGGCAAGUACGCCAAGGUCCCCUUCAUCAUCGGCGACCAGGAAGACGAGGGCACCUUCUUCUCUCUCGUCCAGGGGAACAUGAGCACGACGGCCGACCUCGUGACAUAUCUGAACAACAUCUUUUUCAAGACGGCCACGCGGGCCCAGAUCGAAGACCUCGUCGCCACCUACCCGGAUGACCCCGCUGCCGGCUCGCCCUUCCGCACUGGCACCGAGAACAACAUCUACCCGCAGUACAAGCGGCUGGCUGCCGUCCUAGGCGACAUUGUCUUCACGCUGACGCGGCGCGUGCUCCUCCAGGUCGCGGCCGACCUCAACCCGGGCGUGCCGACCUGGUCCUACCUCUCGUCCUACCUGUACGGCACCCCCGUCCUGGGCACGUGCCACGGCUCCGACAUCCUACCCAGCUACGGCACGACGCCCGGCUUCCCCAGCGCGAGCAUCCAGGCCUUCUACCUCUCCUUCAUCAACACGCUGGAUCCGAACGGCGGGACGGCGGCGACGACCGGCUUGGCCCACUGGCCGCAGUGGCGCGAGGCUAAGCAGCUGAUGCAUUUCGAGAAGUCGAGUAAUGGUCUGCUGGCGGACGACUUCCGACAGCGCAGCUACGAAUACGUCUAUGCGAAUAUUGCCUCGUUACAUAUCUGA